AUGCCAUUCUUCACAAGACGCAGCUUCAAAUACCAACUGGUAGACGAAGAGACUGAAGCGAAAAGACCAACACAGAGCUCAUCAACUGAAUCAAGACACCCCAAGAUUUUGUCGUGCUUGAUUGCAGUCUUUGCAUUCAGUUUCGGCGCUCUGGUUGGGGUGUUUCUUCUGGCGCCGCAGCGUCCCUUCUUCGGCUGCGCAGCAGGCUCGCAACAAGCAGCGUCGGAUAUCCCAGCACCCGACAUUGCUAUCAAAGUCAUUCCGCAGACUUUCCACUACAAUCGCACAUUUGGAGAAGCUCCCGACCACAAAGGUACCUCGGAGGCGUGGGAGUCGAUCGUUCCCGUUGGACAAGGGACUGUACAGUUUCCCCGCGGGAGCCACAAUCUAUACACCCUCUCUGUGGUGCAUCAGCUUCACUGUCUGUGGUCAAUCCAUGGGAAUUACUACAGAAAGGUCAAUGGGGACCCUGGCACGGACAUGAGUGCGGCUCACAUGCGGCACUGCUUCGACUAUCUGCGACAGGGCUUAAUGUGCGCCAGCGAUACGUCGUUGGAGCCCGUCGACCCGAAGCUGGGGGGAGUUACUGGCUGGGGAAGUGAGCGGCUGUGUCGUGACUACCAACAGGUUGUUGCCUGGGCCGAGGACCAUCGCGUGAGCAACCUCCGGGGGUUCCAAGAAACACCUCACCAUCACCGCAGAUGGAGGUGA